CAUCAUUGCGGCGUAGUUUUGCGCUUGCGCACUAGUGACCGGCACUUCCAGUUCUAAGAAUCCAAGAUGGCAGCUCGCAUGUGGAGAUAUGCGGUUCCCAGCAUUAGAAGGCUCGCUGGAAAAAGACAUUUUUCACAAGAGCCUACAACGGUCACUCUGAUCCCAGGAGAUGGUAUCGGGCCUGAAAUAUCAGCAUCUGUACAGCAAAUCUUUGCUGCAGCUCAGGUACCGAUAGUUUGGGAGGCAGUAGAUGUGACUCCAGUGCGUGGUCCUGAUGGUAAGACCAAGAUCCCACCCGAGGCUAUUGAGAGCAUGGCAAGGAGUAAACUGGGUUUGAAGGGACCAUUAGCAACACCUGUUGGCAAGGGACAUAUGAGUCUCAACCUCGCACUUCGCAAGGAGUUUAAUCUGUAUGCUAACGUGAGACCAUGCAAGUCAAUAGAGGGCUACAAGACACCAUAUGAUAACGUAGACCUUGUCACUAUUAGAGAAAACACUGAGGGGGAAUACAGUGGUAUUGAACACAUGAUUGUGGAUGGUGUGGUGCAGAGUAUUAAGCUGAUUACAGAGCCUGCCUCUCGGAGGGUAGCUGAGUUUGCCUUUGAGUUUGCUAAGGCUAACAACAGAGGGACAGUCACCGCAGUGCACAAGGCAAAUAUCAUGAGGAUGUCUGACGGUCUGUUUCUACAGUGCUGUAGAGAAGUUGCAGAAAAACACAAAGAAGUCCAAUUCAGAGAGAUGUAUCUAGAUACAGUUUGUCUUAAUAUGGUGCAAGACCCUACCAAGUUUGAUGUUCUUGUGAUGCCAAAUCUUUAUGGUGACAUUUUAAGUGAUUUAUGCGCUGGUCUUGUGGGAGGUUUAGGUGUUACUCCUAGUGGUAAUAUUGGAGCUGAUAAUGUAGCAAUCUUUGAAUCGGUUCAUGGUACAGCACCAGACAUAGCUGGUCUAGAUAAGGCCAACCCUACAGCAUUACUAUUGAGUGCAGUUAUGAUGUUAAGACACAUGGGUCUGAAUGCACAGGGUGAUAUGAUAGAGAAUGCUGCACUUACAGUCAUUAGAGAAGGAAAGGUGUUAACAGGGGAUCUAGGAGGCAAAGCCAGCUGCUCAGAGUUCACUCAAGCCAUUUGUGAUAGGUUAGCCUGAGACCCUCCUUGAUUCAUCUCAGGAUUACUGCAGGUUUGCUUCUAUAGUUAAUAAUAGGUCUGCCCCUUUAGAUUUGAAUUACUUCAGCAUUGUUGCACUUUGAAGCAAUUGUAAAAUAUAAAAUAAACACAUUUUUAAUUGAAAUUUUACUUAGUAUUAUGUUAAUUUUUGUACCAAAUGUUUAUCUAAAAAGCUUCUGUUUUAGAAAAAAAAUGUGUAUUAAUCUAAACUUAAUACAGAGUGUUGCAAAUAGUCACCGUUUUCAAAAACAGACAAUAAGACCUUGCAGCAAAAACUGAAGUUUGAGGAAAUUUGUGGCAUGUUCUUGUUUUUUUUUAAA